GCUCUCCUUCAUCUUCUCCAUCUUGUUUCCAUUACCCAUCUCCACUUCUCUCUCUAAGCCAGAAAAUACCUUACCCAUUAACAAUGCUAAUCAGAUCACAUUGAAAACCCCUCAAAUUCAGAUCUACGAAAUGGCGCGAAUCUUCGAAUAUUUCGUCGUGUGCGGUCUUGGCCCCGAGAUUCGGACGCUAGAUGGCAACAAAGGCUAUCAUGGAACAGAAUUUCUCUACAUGCCUUCUCUUAUCGAUCAAUACCCUCCUCUCAAUCACUCUCUUUACCCUCCUCCACCUCCCCAACUCUCCACUUGUGUUCUUCCUGCUGGCGUCCAGUUCUACUCCACCGGUUUUGAUCCCAACGACGCCUCUUCGUUGCCCAGGAGCUACCCUAUUGUUUUGACAGAGGGUGAUGGGUCGAAGAUUUAUCUUAGUUGCAUUGCGUUUAGAGAUCCAGUUAGCGAAGAUAUUGCUGAAGCUUAUCAUACUCCUGCGAAUUCGUUUGCUGAUAAAUGUAUUUGUUUUGUUUCUCGCUCGCCUAGUUUUCGUGUUCUUCGAAAUGCUCUUGAGGAACUUUUUUCACUUUGCUUUUCAUUUAGUGGAAGCAGCAAGCCAUUGUGGGAUAUUAUAGCACACUUGGUGUCCAAUGUUCCAUUACCAACUCCUGGAAAGGAUCGAGUCUUGUUUGCUGUUGAGAAUUCCUUACUGUCUGUGGAAGCUCCACCUAAGGAUGGGUUACCUCAUGCUGAUAUACCAUUUCAGCCACUGGUGCAGUGCUUGGAUGUUGACAAUUUACUUAAACUUUUCAUAGCGGUCUUGCUUGAAAGGAGAAUUUUGCUUCGAUCAGACAAGUAUUCUCUUCUAACUCUAGUAUCAGAGGCAUUAUGCCACUUAAUAUAUCCAUUCCGGUGGCAGCAUGUCUACAUUCCAUUACUGUUUUUCAGUGGAGUAGACUAUAUUGAUGCUCCUACACCUUAUAUGAUGGGUCUCCAUUCAGGUGUUGAUACAUCUAACCUCGUCAUGGAUGGUGUAGUUGUUGUGGACCUUGAGUACAAUCGAAUUUCUACAACAGAAGAAAUACCGCUGAUUCCAGAGCCUGAAUUAAGUUCUCUACGUGGAGAUAUUCUAAAGUUACUAUAUCCUAAUGUUGUUGGGAUUGAUCAAAUGAGUUCUCAUCUAGUUACUUCAUCGGAGCAAUAUUCUAAAGGUUGCGCCAAGCCAUGGGGAGAGGAUCAUGACCUUCAACUUAGGUUAAUAUUCCUAAAGUUCUUUGCAUCACUAUUAGGUGGCUACCGCAACUUCAUUGAAAACACUGGCGGCACUCUUGUCUUCAACAACCAAGCAUUUUUAAAGAAGCGGUCUCGGUCAACCAACCAGCCACCGGAGCCCAUGAUAACCCAGUUCUUAGAUUCUCUUGGUUUCUUGGAUUAUGUGGAGAGAGGUAUUGGUUCUGAAGGAAACAACCAUAAUCUCCUUGACAAAUUACAAGAUGCAAUUGGAAGGGGUCAAAAUCCUAUGUCUAUUCUUCCAUCAUCUUCGGUAGACCCUGAGAUUAUUACCAUAUCAGAGUCUGAUACUGGAAUAUCGGGAUCUGGUGCCAAAUAUACUUAUGAUAGAUUUCCUUCAAAUGUAAGAACCGAAGAGCAGGAAGAGAAGAGGAGGCAAAUUCUUGCCUCGGUUAGUGGAGCUUUUGAAUACUCAACAAAGCAUAGUCCUAGUUCACCGUCUGGGCGAGUGGGUAAGGACCCCAAAGCAGAUAAUUUGAGUCCAAUGGAGAGGGCUGCGGAAAGGGAGCGCAUGGUUUUGGACAUAAAAGUUAAGCUGCAGGGUUUGUGGCUGCGCCUUCUGAAAUUGGGAGCAACUGAUGAUCCACUGUCAUCGUUUGAAUAUGGCACAAUCCUUGCCUUGAUAGAGUCUGAUGCUGAAGGGAUUGGUGGAAGUGGGUUUGUUGAAUGUAUCAGGGAGCAUAUACAUUCAGGAUGGCAUUGUCAAUUGACUGAGGAACAGUUUAUUGCAGUGAAAGAAUUGCUCAAAACAGCAAUUAGUCGUGCAACCUCUCGAAAUGAUGUGUCAACUAUUAUAGAUGCCCUUGAAGUGUCUGCUGAGAUGUUCAAGAAAGACGCUAAUAAUGUUUCUGACUACAUUCAGCGCCAUCUAAUAUCUCUCUCUAUUUGGGAGGAGUUACGGUUUUGGGAAGGCUACUUUGACUAUUUAUCAGAUCGAUUUUCAAGCCAAUCAGCCAAUUAUGCAUCUUUGGUGACAGCGCAACUAAUUGUAGUGGCAUCACACAUGGAUGGAUUGGGACUUCCAGAUACUGAUGCCUGGUACAUGAUUGAAACAAUAGCUGGGAAAAACAACAUCGGAUACAAGCAAUUUAUACAAAUAAGAGGGUUUCUCUCACAUAUCCAGCAACUUCGCAUUGGUUACUGGGGAUUGUCAUCUUUUAAAGCCCAGUCAAUAUCAUCUCAUGGGUUGCCAUCCCCACGUCCAAAGGAUGCCACAAUUGAGGAUCAGCAACCUGCUGAGGCUACUGGUGUUGGAAGAAGCUGGGUUCAGAGCAUGUUUAGCAGGGAGCCAUCAUCAAGAACAAACUCUUUUAGUCGAGUUCGUAGAUGGACUUCCGACAGUGGGUCUUCAGCUGCAAAUGACAAUGGGACUCCUAGAAAACAAGAUUUAGCAGCUGCCGGGCAGAAGAAACUUCAAACCAAUGUUCGUGUACUUAGGGGUCAUAGUGGUGCGGUUACAGCUCUACAUUGUGUAACAAGGAAAGAGGUGUGGGAUCUUGUGGGUGACCGUGAAGAUGCAGGUUUCUUUAUCAGCGGGAGUGCAGAUUGUUCGGUUAAGAUCUGGGAUCCUAGUCUUCGUGGUUCAGAACUUCGAGCGACCUUGAAAGGACACACACGAGCCAUUCGGGCUAUAAGCUCUGAUCGAACAAAGGUGGUUUCAGGAUCUGAUGACCAGUCUGUUAUUGUAUGGGAUAAGCAAACAUCUCAGCUUUUGGAAGCGCUGAAGGGCCAUGAUGCACAGGUCAGUUGUGUGCGGAUGCUGUCAGGUGAACGUGUCCUUACUGCUUCGCAUGAUGGGACUGUGAAGAUGUGGGAUGUUCGAACUGAUACUUGUGUGGCAACAGUUGGUCGAUGCACUAGUGCAGUUUUAUGCAUGGAGUAUGAUGAUUCCACUGGAAUCUUGGCUGCUGGUGGUAGAGAUGCGGUUGCCAACAUCUGGGACAUUCGUGCAGGUAGACAGAUGCACAAGUUUUUAGGGCACUCAAAAUGGAUUCGGUCUAUUAGAAUGGACAGAGACACUGUGAUCACUGGCAGUGAUGAUUGGACGGCAAGGAUGUGGUCUGUGUCCCGAGGGACAUGUGAUGCUGUCCUGGCCUGCCAUGCUGGCCCGAUAUUAAGUGUUGAGUAUUCCUCAUCAGAUAAAGGAAUAAUAACAGGUUCAAGUGAUGGGCUUCUCCGAUUUUGGGAAAAUGACGAGGGAAGUAUAAAAUGUGUGAAGAACGUCACCAUUCAUUCAUCUGCAAUCUUAUCAAUCAGUGCUGGGGAACAUUGGUUAGGAAUUGGAGCAGCUGACAAUUCUAUGUCUCUUUUCCAUCGACCUCAAGAGCGACUUGGUGGCUUAUCUAGCUCUGGUUCAAAAAUGGCUGGGUGGCAACUAUACAGAACACCUCAAAGGAAUCUAGCUGUGGUAAGAUGCAUAGCUUCCGAUCUUGAAAGGAAAAGGAUAUGCAGUGGUGGGCGAAAUGGAGUUCUUAGACUCUGGGAAGCCACCAUCAACAUCUGAGUUUCUGUGGCAUUUUUGUGUGUUUAUAGUUUUGAGUUUUUCGAGAGUGCUUGUGGUGAUAAUCAAGUCUGGUAUGGUAAAUAUUUGUACACGAAUAAUCUGUAAAUCAUAUGAAGACUAAAAUUUUGAAGUUACCUUUAUGUUAUUGAUUGAUUUUUUUUUUUUUUUUAAUUACUGCCGGUAUACAAGGUGUUUGUAAUUUUGACAUGACAUUGUACAAACAUGAGGAGUUCUAAGAAGAAAAUGUCAUUUUGAUUAAGAGUGUUGAAAUUUA